CUCUUGCGUCCUGCUUUUCUGGGACUUGUCCAAAUUCGCUUGCUACACCAAUCGUUCACGCAAGCGUUCUCCUCUCGCCCGCUCUUUGUAUCAUUGUACAGGUACUCCCCGAUAUACGCUAUCAAUGCGUACCGGAGGCAAUAGCGUAUCUCGAAUAUUCAAUAGCGAAAGUCGAAUUUCGAGGUUUUCAGUCAAAUUAUAACUAAUAUCCGUAUAACUUUGCAUGAAGUGGUAGGUUUUAGCCACUAAAUUAGUUAUUUGAUCUAAUUUCAACUGAAUUUUUCAAUUUUAUACCAUUUGAAAUGGUUUUUAAUAUUCAACCAAAGGGAAUUUAUUUUGCAUUUGACAUUCGAUUUAUAAAAUUAGUACUACUUGUUCAAAGAACCGUCAAAUUUAGAAAAAAAGCGUAUAGCGAAAUCGUGUAUAUCGAGUAUGGCGUAUAUCGGGGAAUACCUGUAUAGCCACACGAGGAAGGCGCUGCUUCGCGUUCACAUGAAAAUGUGAUAGUGUGAAAUCAAGUUUGCAAGCGGUAGGACGCGUCGGUGUGUGUCCGUUUUUUCUCUCGUGAAACCAGUACGGAAAAACUAUUUGAAAUCGUAACACACGCACGAACGGAAGUGAGCACGGACCACAACAGAAGCAAUAUUCAAUUGGUUGGAGUGCCGAAAACAGAACAGGAGAGGAAAGAAGGCAGGAACGAUCCGAUCCUCCAACGUGCUAGCGCCUGGUAGAGGAGAAGCGGCAGGAAGGUAGAGACGAACAUCCACCUCGCUAGUGCAGCACGUAGGAGCAGCAAGAGUGAAGCAAGCAGGACGCGUACACACCAUUCGACGAAGGCAAAGCUGGAGGAAAGGAAGAACGAGGAGAGAAGGCAGGCAAGACGGGUACGUGUGUAUCCCGCACCGGUUUUCGGCAGUGUGAAUUGUGUGAGUAUGUUAAUAUGUAUGUGCGAGUAAGAAGGUAAAAUAAAGAGCGUAAGCAUGUGCAGAAUGGACAAAAGAGAGUAAGAGUCUUUGUAGGGAGAAUGGAGAGAAUGAAAGAAAUUGAACAAUAAUGUAGUAUACAGAAACUACAUGUAUGAUACACGCUGUCGCACCGUUGCAGAAACGUGCUCUUUAGUGCUGCUAAUGAGCACGAUUUGAGAACGUUUUGAGCCCGUUUUUUCUCAUACAAAAUUGGAAAUUGUCGCGCGAUAAUGUCGGUUGGGAAAAGACGCAGACGACGGUGACUCCUUCUGCGUUACAAGCGGAUUGCGGAUCCAGAGCAGAAAACAGAAGCCCCCGAUUGUGUGUGUGGAUGGUUGCACAAAGCGAUGACGAUACAGAAAAGCUGCGUCUUAACAGUCAACUUAACACAGCCAUCGAUUUCGCAGUCAUGAGAUUGAGCUUAUGCAAUACCUUCAUGUGUGUGUGUGUGUACGUGUCGGCAGCAUAGGACAGUACGAUCUUCUGUUACAGAGGGCCAAACCCUACGGUGUAACCACUUUAACCUGCCACCGAACCCGAGCCAUAUCCUGUGCGAAGUGCGGCGUAAAAGAAAGACCCUGACCUAUUCUGCCGAUGCGAAGUCGAACUCUCUGUCCUUCACACACUUAUCUGUGACGACGCUGGGCGGUUGACCAUCUCGUUAAUAGUUUCGCUAUCCUUUACCAUCGUGAUCGUGUGUGUGCGUGUGUGUGUAUUUUCAAUAUUCUCGGCAUGCGAGGAGCUACACAACGCAGCCUUGUUUGCAUGUUUAAAAGAUCCAUUAAGCCGGACACGGACAUCCAACAACACGAGCUCCUCGUCCCACGAAAACAAACGCUGUUUGUCUAUGAUGCUAAUGUUGUCGAAAAGAGAUCAUACGCUUGUCGGAAUGCUGGGUGACUUGUGCGCUAGUGACAACCAAACCCCGGAAAGUCCCGCUGCAGGGUCUUAAAGGCUGGUAUACUGGUUUACCUUUGCUUAGUGGCACCAAACAGGACCUUGAAUUUGGUUGCUGCUGCUGUUACUGCUGCAUCCUUUGAAACCAGCUUGACCGCGCGUGCCUGCUUCCCGGGGGCCCUGUGCCAAUGGGAAUGGAAUCAAUGCAAAGGUCAAACGGGCCUUUUCUUUCUGGUUUGGCCAAAAAGGGUGAACUUGUGCGACUGCGAAACGGUCUUUCCAACGCUUCGUUCGGGCGUAACGAACGGAACGCGCAUUUGCGUUUGCUAUCUGCGCGUUUUGAUCCCAAUAAACAGUGUGGCACCCCCGUUGAUUGCCAAACCGCCAGUUCGAUGGAUUUUGCAUUUCGGCACAAGGCUACGCCAACGGCAAAGUGUGUUAGCCAAGCGUUGAUUGGGGUGUAGUUUUACCAUAUGGCAUCGUGCGGAGUGUCCAACUUUUUGGACACUGACUAAGCUACCCCAACCUCUCCCGGACAGACUCUUUUGCUCCCGAUUUUCAAAGACCUCCUCGCCAAGCAUGUCGCAUGAAGACGAACCGUCUCAUCCGGCGGUCGGCGUUCCGAAAACCAGUUGCUCCACGUGAUGGAAACGAUGGAAAGACGAAGAAGUUCGAUGGUUCGACAAUAGAUCCCGAGCCGACGCGAAACAGAAGACAAAGAAAGACGGACAAGCACAACCUGCGACUACCUGGCCACGCCGUGCCGUGACGUGCCGUGCCUCUCUGCGGUGGAAAGGGAAAGUGCGUUAUUCUUCCACCCCGAGCUUUCGCAGACCGAGCGCACCGACCGUCAGUGUCAGUUGGUGUUUGGAGGUGAUCGUGAACACAACAGGAACAACACAACACAGCACCAGCAACAGCAUCAUCAUGACGGUCACGUACGGUGUCGAGAAGUGUCCGGAAAAGUUCGACGAGUAUCGGUGCAGCCUGCCCGAGCAGUACCGGAAGCUGGCGGCGGACCAGCUGCGCGAGGACGAUCACAUCCGCAAGCAGGCCAUCGAUCAGAUGCGCCAGUGGAUAGCGAAGCAUCCGUACAUCCGCCGCUGCCGCACGGAUGCCGUGUUUCUGCUGCGCUUUCUGCGCCAGCGCAAGUUCUCCAUCCCGAAGGCGUGCGAAAUGCUGGAACGAUAUCUAGCACUUCGCCAGACGUUCCCGCACUGGUUCCAGGGGCUGGACCCGUACGAGAAGACGAUGGUGGCGCUCGGCGAGGAGGAGGUGUUCCACGUGCUCGGGUUCGACGCCAAGGGCCAGAUCGUGAUACUGAUCAAGUCGCGCAACUUCCGCGUGGACAAGUACGACCUGGAGGAUCUGAUACGGUUUCUGCACAUGAACAUGGAGAUUCUGUCCUGCGACGAGAUGGUGCAGGUGGCCGGCGUGGUACUGAUCGUGGACUGUUACGAAGCAUCGAUGGCACACUUCACGCUGUUCCGGCUGAGCGAGAUGCGCAACAUUGGGCCGUACAUCAACCACCUGCUGCCGAUCCGCUGCCGGGAAAUUCACGUCAUCCGGCUGCCGAAGGUGGCCGCAUCUAUCGUGGAUCUGCUGUUUGCCUACGUCAGCCCCAAGCUGAAGCAUCGGUUCUUUUUCCACAAAACCAUUAAUGAGGCGGUAAGCUACCUGGGCAAGACGCUGCUACCAACGGAGUACACCGAUCAAACCGAAGAACCGAAAGCCCUCACGCACGUGUACAGCAAGCGCAUCCGCGAAAGCCGCGACGAGCUGCAGCUGCUCGACCAGAUGGAGAUUGAUGUGGCCAAGUUUUCCUCCGUGUGGAGCAAGACCGGCUGUGCGCCGGGCGGUAUCGACGCGGGGAUGGUGGGCAGCUUCCGCAAGCUGGACAUCGACUAGCGUGUCUGUUGCAUGCGCAACAUUUACGUUAUAUUUAUAAGUGUGUUUCCGGUUCCAACUCUCUUGCACACUCCUCCUCUUCCCAUCUCCAUCGCGACGGUAUCAUAUCGGUAGGCUCAUAGGGUUGUAUUGUAUUGUAUUAUGUUUAGUGAUUAGCAUCUGUUUUGGAAAGCAUAACUCACCUUCCAUCCGUUUUGUGCACGGUGUCUACCACAUACCGAGUCGGUUUUAUUCCACUCUUUAGGGUAUUAGAAGUUAGCUGCACUAAGAUAUCUGCAGAAAAGGGCCGCUGUAACGAGCUCACGAAUAAAAUGAUUAUAAUAAAACACUCAAAACCAAAAAAA